CUUUUGGUCCCAACCGGCUGGCUGCUGUGCCUGUAGGCUUGUCACACGGAGGACCACUGUGCCUGAUUGCAGUGCUCUGACAGGAACGGAGCGAGGUAGAGGAGAGAGAGAGGAGAGAGAGAGAGAGAAGAAAGAGAGGAGGACAGGAGAGGAGAGGAGGAUAGCAGAAAAUAACUUUGAUUCAUAGAGGAGGUUUUCUCAUAUUAUGGUGGCAGUGUGCAGAUGGAUUCUGUAGAACUUCCUGAGUGUUACUCUCUACACUCUGAACAACAAGAGUAGAAUGAACUUAUCAAAGGCCCAGGUUAAUAGCGAAGAUAAAUACGGCAAAUGUGGCAGCGCGUGGAGAAUGCACCAGACUUACGACCUCGACGCCUCUCACAUGCGUGACACACAUGCACUUUAUAACCCAAGGCACCUGUGCAGAAUGUCCAGCAAAGAGCGCCACCUAGAGUCCAGCUGCCCAUCCUACAUUAAGACAGAGCCCUCCAGCCCCGCCUCCCUGGCAGACAGCAUCAACCACCACAGCCCUGGGGGCUCCAGUGACGCCAGCGGCUCCUACAGCUCUACCAUGAACGGCCACCAGAACGGCCUGGACUCCCCCACCCUGUACGGGCCUGGGGCCGGCCCCCUGGGCCCUGCUGGGGCCUCCAAGCGCUACGAAGACUGCUCCAGCACCAUUGGGGAGGACUCGCAGAUCAAGUGCGAGUACAUGUUGAAUUCCAUGCCCAAGCGGCUGUGCCUGGUGUGUGGCGACAUCGCCUCGGGCUACCACUACGGCGUGGCCUCCUGCGAGGCCUGCAAGGCCUUCUUCAAGAGGACCAUCCAAGGUGUGCGGCUGGACCGAGUGCGUGGUGGCAGACAGAAGUACAAGCGCCGGAUAGACGCUGAGAACAGCCCCUACCUCAACCCUCAACUGGCCCUGCCUCCCAAAAAGCCAUACUCCAUGCACGUAGAGGAUGUGGAGGCGGUGCAGAAGCUCCAGGAUGUGCUCCACGAGGCCCUGCAGGACUACGAGGCAGGCCAGCACCCGGAGGACCCUCGUCGGGCAGGCAAGCUGCUGAUGACCCUGCCCCUGCUCCGCCAGACCUCCACCAAGGCUGUGCAGCACUUCUACAGCAUCAAGCAGGAUGGCAAGGUCCCCAUGCACAAACUCUUCCUGGAACUGCUGGAGGCCAAGGUCUGA